GUAUCUGUUGGUAUGCCACUCUCCGGUCUUCGUCAAGCAUCUUCCUCACAGCAGUAAUGUCUUCCUCUGUCACUGACGUUCGCAGCCUUCCGUUCCUCUCAGCGUCCUUCAGAGUGAAAUUGCCGCUUUGGAAUUCUCUGUACCACCUGAAUAUAGUCGUACGAUGAGGACCAUCAUUCUUUAACGCAAUGCACUGUUAUACCGUAAAACUGCCCUUAUGUCUUACGUGGCCACGAUGCCACAGUCCGCAC